UUUAUUCGGGGGGUUAGAUCAAAUCUCUUGUUGACUAUUGGGAUUAAUCCGGACUGGCAAACACCCGGGGUUCUCCCCGCAGGAGGCGACUGGGACCGACAGCCCGCCGCCUCCGCGGCGCCUCCGCGGCAUCCCCGCCCCGUCGGUGGCGGUACCCGCGGGCCGCUCCCUCUCUCUAACCCCUCGCUGUCCCCAGCUUCCGACGAGAGCGGCCCGGAGCUGAGCUUGCCCGAUUCCACCCAAAGGUCGCUGCCCGCCCGCGGCUCGGAGGCCGAGAAGAAGAAGAAGCGGCGCGUGCUCUUCUCCAAGGCGCAGACGCUGGAGCUGGAGCGGCGGUUCCGGCAGCAGCGGUACCUGUCGGCGCCGGAGCGGGAGCAGCUGGCCCGCCUGCUCAGCCUCACCCCCACCCAGGUGAAGAUCUGGUUCCAAAACCACCGCUACAAGAUGAAGCGGGCGCGCAGCGAGGGCCCCGGCAGCCCGCCGCGCCCGCCCGCGCUGCUGCGCCGCGUGGUGGUGCCGGUGCUGGUGCGGGACGGCGAGCCGUGCCGCCGCUGCCCCGCCACCCCGCCGCCGCCCGCCCGCCCCAAGCUGGCCUGCGCCCUGGCGGGCUGCAGCGCCCAGGCGGCCCUCGCCGUCCAGGGCUACCACGCCUGCCCGCCCGGCGCCGCCGCCGCCCUCGGCGUCUUCCCCGCUUACCAGCACUUGGCGCCCCCGGCCAUCGUCUCCUGGAGCUGGUGAUAGCGGCGCCUCGCCCUCCAGGGCCGGACUCAUCCCAGGGCCGCGGGGAGCCCAGUCCCCGGCCGCAGGCUCUGAACGCGCGGAGGCGCCGGGGCUGCGCGCCCCGGGCUCGGGCGGGCGGCGCCGCGGAGCCGAGCGGAGCGGCGCGGAGCGGGGCGCCCGGGCUGCACGGGCAGGCCAGCGCCGGCCGGCCGGGCACCGCUCGCCUGGCCGCCUUGCUCUCCGCCGGUCUCGCCCCGAGGGCACGGAUCUCGGGUGCGGCGCUGUUUUUGCAAAACCUCCGCUCCCCGUGUUUCGUUUCGAGAGGUCUCCCGAUUAAAAAAAAAAAAAAAAGAAUCCUAGAGAUCUAGACUAUUUUAAAACAGCUUAUUCUUGCAGUGACUAAUAAACUGAUUUUUGGUAAACAAAUUUUCCCCGGAGGGGAAGCGUAUUUUUGACGGUUAGGGCUUUCUCUUAGGAUUACCUCUUGUGCCAUAAAGCUCGAAUACUUUUCUUAAACUCGCUAGCUGAAUUUCACUUUAAAGUUCGUCUAAUUUUACCCACAUACGCCAGUAAACGGCGAAUAAAGUUUGCUACAAACACCCCA